GUUUUAUAAUAAUAAAAUGGAAAGUCUUACUGAAGCUAUGAAAGAAGAAAUUAUUCAGAUAAUCAGCCUAGAGAAGUCCUUCCUGGCAAAAGCCAAGAAGCAAGAGGUCACCACAUGCCAGAGCAUCCUCUAUAAGGUUCUUCCAGAUCAAGAAUUUGAACCAUUGGAUCCAGACUCCGAAGAAGUUUCAAAAACCAGUCAACUUAACAUUUGGUUGGACGAAGUCAGAGCUGGAAAACUUUUGAAAAGUUUGAAGCUUCUUAAGCUUUUUGAUAUAGAUUUGCUUCGUUUGAAUGAGAUUGCUUCUAAAAAUAGGCGUUGUGUUUUAAGUUUCUUACAAUCUUCAUUCCCAAAUAAAAUUAAGAAUCUCUAUUUUGGGUCCAGUGGCCAAAUGGAUCUGAAAAGGUCCAAUUACUUAAACUCCCUGACCAGACUUAGCUCCAGAGUCGUUCGACAAGUUAACUUUGACUAUUUCAGCAUUGGCCUGCUCCAACUGAAGAGGCUCGUGGCAGCUUUCAGGCAUGUGAGUACUUUGGGAUUGAAAUAUUGCAGGCUAUCUAUCCCUAGUGUUCCUGAUUUGUCAAAGGCUCUGAAGAAUUGUCAAAUCCAGGAAAUAGAUUUAGAAGGAUCAGGACACUCGGGUAGAAGUGACUGGAAGAACAACUUCGACGAGUUCGAGAACUUGGCACAAGGGUUAGCAAGCUCUCCAGAUUUAAGAUUGAGUCUUGAAAAAGUAUUUGUCUCUUUCUGUGUAGUAACCCAAAAUAAAGUUGAACAACUCUUUGAAGAAAACCAGCUUGGAGGAGUUAACAUAAUUGGUGGAGUUUAAAUUUUUGCUAAA